AUGCUGGUACAGCUGUCGGGCCCCGAUAGAAAGGCUGAGGCGGACAGGUUGGCCAAAAGUAUGGCUGACCUGUUCGCAGAUAAGUCCGAGAUCCGGAUCGCUCGACCUCAAAAAAUGGGGGAGGUCCGGAUUAGCGGAACAGACCCAUCCGUCACACCCGAGGAUAUUACUCGGGUGGUGGCGGAACUAGGAGGAUGCUCCCUCACCGAUAUAAAGGUGGGGGACAUUAAAAUAACGGGGAGGGGCAUAAGAUCCGCCUGGGUCCGCUGUCCCUUAGAGACGGCCAUCAAGGUCACAAAAACCGGCCGGAUAACAAUAGGGUGGUUCCCCUACAAGGCGGAAUUACUUGACGCACGCCCCCUCCAGUGCCAUAAGUGUCUGGAGAAAGGGCACGUGCAGGCCAAAUGUCCCUCGGGCAAUGCGGACCGCAGUAAAUGCUGUUACCGCUAG